CCGUAGUUCUCACUACUAGUGGCACUGUCACUGAACUACCGUAACACAAGCAACUGGCGCGGGUAAGUUUGUCAAUUGCGAUCGAGCCUGACUUGCACGCACCUUGUCCUCAAACUUGUUGCGCUAUCUAUAAUUCCGUUGACUUCUAAUUCAUACCCGCAGGGCUCGGCUCCACGAGGACAUAGGACACACUUAGGGACCAUCUAUUCUUCAAACCAAAUUUUCGGAUAUGCCGAAUCACCUCACCAUUCCUUUUAAGAAGACAUAUUCAUGUCCUAUACCUGUUGCCACACGCGAUUACAUCCAAAAUCACACGGAAGAUCACCCAGAUGCUUAUAUUGGCGAUAUCAACCAGUGGAAGGCAUUGCGGGAUAUCGGCACUGGGGGCGUAUUACAUGCUGACCGUAUCAACUUCGCGUUAAACUAUCAUGCUCAACUUGUAUUCAUUCUAGCCAAAUUACCGCCCGACAUCAAUUUGGAAUUCUCAUACGGUCAUGCGUUUGAUAGCCCGUCUUCCUUCCCUGUGACCCUAAGGAGUAUUGCGUUUGAGCGGGCUGCAGUCUUGUUCAAUAUAGCCGCGCUAUAUUCCCAAUUAGCUGCUUCUGAGGACAGAUCCAGUCAAGAUGGCCUAAAACGUGCAAGUGCUUAUUACCAGAACGCAGCAGGUGUUUUGGCCUUCCUGUCCGAGUCAGCGCUGCCGAAACUGGGUCCCUUUGUAGACUUAGAAAACACACCUUCCGAUCUGACUGAAGAUUUUGUCAAAAGUCUGGAAUGGCUUAUGCUAGCCCAGGCCCAGGAAUGUGUCUGGCAGCUUGCCGUCGCCGAUCACUACAAGAAUAGUCUGAUUGCAAAAUUGGCAGCCAAAGUUUCAUCUCUUUAUAAUACAUCCUUACUAUCGAUCCGCCUGGCAGCGGCCGACGCCCGUAGUGCCUUACCGCCUAACUGGAUCCCUCACCUGGAGACGAAGCAUUAUCAUUUCAAUGCAGCAUCGCAAUAUAGGAAAGGUGUCGACGAACUUGAAGCCUCUAGGUACGGUGACGAAAUUCGACGUCUGAUGAUUGCGGAAGCAGAUGCUAAAAAAGCAUUCAACAUUGCGAAGCGUGCCGGGGUCGCUCAAGCAGUCAUAAGCGAUGUCAAGUCGCUGCUUGACGUUGUGCAGAAAGAUCUUUCCCGUGCUGAAAGAGAUAAUGAUCUGAUAUACCAUCAGAAUAGCAUCAUCCCGCCUGGGCUACGGGACCCCAGAAGCGUAAUCGGCGAUGACAGCAUAAUCUUUGGUGAAAUGCUUGGAUGGGGUGCUCGGGAAGCUAUCAAUAUCUACAAUGAUAACAAGAAAAAUUUGCUUCAAGAGAAAAUUGUCGAACCAGCCCAGAAUCUGAACGAUGAAGCCGAUAAGAUCCUCCAAUCUCUGAACUUGCCAUCAUCGUUGGAAGCCUUGGAGCGUCCUGUUGGGCUACCUCCAAGUCUCUUGAGGAAAGCUGAAGAAAUACGUCUAGAUCAGGGGCCUACGAAGAUCGAUGUUUAUCUCGACGACGUUCAACGACUCUCUCGACAUGUACUCGGCAUUCUCGACGAGGCUAUGGAUAUCCUAGACAGCGAGGCAUCUGAGGACGAAGCUGCACGCAGAGAGACGCCAAUGAACCGUCCUCCAUCUCAUGAAGCAAACCAAGAACUUGUCAUAAAACAACAACGGUAUCGGACCAUUCUUAUUCAAGCAGCAGAAAGCGACGAACUCGUGCGCAGAAAAUGGGAGGAAUGGGAAGAUCAAAUUUCCGAGCUUACUCGCAACGAGGAUGAGCUCGAAGCCCUGGUGCCGUCAUCGACAGUUUCAAUGACAGGAAAGGCAGUGUCAACUAGUCAGACUCAAAUACACGCUCGCACCCUGCGUGGCUUGCUAGAAUCUUUGGAUGAUGUCCGUCGUACUCGAGAUGACCUUAUUGUCCGUGCUCAAAGACGAGCGGAAAGCGACGACAUCCGGCCAAAGGUACUGGCGGCAGCGGCAAACUUGGAACAUAAGAUAGAAAUGAGCGCCGUCAUGUUUGAAGACGUUUCUGAUAAUGAAUUUGCCAAGUACGACAAGUUUAUUCAAGGUCUGACGGAGGGGCGGAAAAAACAAGAGGAGAUUCUCUCGUCGAUCAAGUCCACGAAUGAUGCGUUCAUUCAGUCUAGGAAACAAGACCCUGCUAUCAAGGAUCGAGAGCAGGCCCUUCAAUUUCUUGAUCUCGCGUAUUCUCAUUAUAGAGAGAUCAUACGGAAUCUAGACGAAGGGCUGAAGUUUUACAACGAUAUGGCUGGUAUCUUGACUAAUUUCAAGGAAGCAUGCAAGAUAUGGAGCGGUGCGCGAAGUCGAGAAGCCAGACUCCACCGCAAUAUGGCGUCUCUUUCAAUCCGUGACCGUGACAAUGCCUCCGAUGAAUCUCACGAAGCGCCAGUGUCCACGACGUCGCCGCUGAGGACAGGCACUCGAAAACAGACUACUGGUAUACCGACGCUGUCCUCAGCUGAUUGGGAGGUUCAAGAACUGGCUCCCCCGCCGAUAAAACGAGCAGAAAAGACUACAAAACAUCGAUGAUGAACAUCGUGUGUCAGUAGUUGCACAAUGACGUUUGUGGAUGAAUCUCAACAGGAGCUAUGUCAUUGCAUGUGAUAUCCAGUGAACAAUGAUCCUUCUGAUUACUCUCGUUACAUUAAAUCCGACGCAUUUCUUAGUCCAGUCAUGCUGGAGCUGGUACACUGAGUGCUGCCUAGCCUACAGACAGAGCUCGGUAUAUACUUUAUAACAGCAUCGUAUUCCCCAGUGAUGUAGAGUUGGGGUGGUGAACAUGACAGUACGCCAAUAUAAUGUACAUCGGUUGUGCGCCCAGCGCGUCAAUCGUGGUCAUUUUAGGGAGACAGACACGUCUUGGAUGAGUGGUUGUCAUCAACGUUAAGGAUGAAUCGAC